AUGAAGGCGUUUCUAGUUUUCUCGGCUCUUGUGGCCGUCACCUACGGUGCGUCGCAGUUUCAAGGAAAAUACCAGCCUCAGCCUCAGUACUCACCCUCAAACCAGGAGAUUCCUAUUCUAAAACAAGAACAAAACAUCAACCCUGAUGGCUCCUAUGAAUACAGCUAUGAGACUGGUAAUGGUAUUGCCGCACAAGAACAAGGCUCUUUGAAGAGUUCUGGACCCAACAGCGAACCAUCUAUAGCCGUUCAGGGUUCCUUUAGUUAUACUGACCUCGACGGUACUCCGAUCUCUCUCACAUACAUUGCGGACGAGAAUGGUUUCCAACCUCAAGGCGCUCAUCUUCCCACUCCUCCUCCAAUCCCUGAAGAGAUCCUCCGCGCUCUCCGGUACAUUGAAUCCCAGCCCCAACAACCCCAGCCUUCUUAUAAUCAGCAGGUUCAGCCCAAUUUCCAACAAAUCCAGAAAAAACCUUUCGGACAGGCCUUCCGAGGAUAA